AUGGCGGGAAGAGAAGUUCGAGAAUACACCAAUCUUACCGACCCCAAAGAUAAGAAAUUGGGUAAAGGAAAAGAUAAGAUUGAUGAUGAGGAUGUUACUUUCCAACGUAUGGUUGCAAAGAUGCAAGAGGUAGCUGGGGAGCGUGGAGGUUAUCUUCAUGGACGAGGCGCAUUGGACAGUGAUGAUCUACUAUAUCUCAAGGAGCAAAUGGAAGCUGAGGAGGAUGCAGAGCGCCUCUUGCGUCGUACUGAAAAACGAGCAUUUGCCGCUUUUAAGAUAUCCUUUUGUGCUCAUUACUACAGAUAA